GGUCUGUGUUCACUGUGAGAAGACGCUUGCUGUGGAAGACAUUGUUUUUCGAUUUUAGUUUAAGAACUUCGCAAGAACACAAUGUGGAUUACAUUACAUCUAUCGAUGUUUUUCAUAUUUUCAUCUUUAGCGUUUAGCUCGCCAAAGGAAGUUCCUGACGGGUUGAAAGAAUUGGAUCUGACGAAAUUCGGUUUAAUUGGCCGCAUAGUCAACGGAACGAAGGCUAAGUCUGCGCAGUUUCCUCAUCAGGUGUCUCUCAGGCGCUCCUGGUCCAACCAACAUUUCUGUGGUGGAAAUAUCAUUAGUUCUAAUCUAGUUCUUACCGCGGCACACUGCGUCUUUAUGAAUGGAAUUGUUAUACAAUCAUGGACGAUUGUGCUGGUCGGAGGAAUACUGAAGCUGGAUGAAAACAGUUUGACGAGACAGGAAAGAGGGGUGGAAAAAAUUAAAGUUCAUCCGGAGUUCAAUACUAAGACUUACCAGAACGAUAUUGCCAUUUUGAAACUGUCGGUGCCCUUUAAAUUCACUUCCGAACUUCAUAGCGCUAUAUUACCAGCGAAGCCUUUUGAACCAUACACAGUCUGCCAGGUAUCAGGAUGGGGUUACCCAUCGGAAAAUAACCGGACGGUGUCCAACGAUUUGAUGUACGUCGAGCUACUCACUCGAUCAACACAGGAAUGUCGUGAACUACUCGUCAAUGAAACGGAUUUGCCAGAAGGGAUGAUGUGCGCCGGCUGGCUGGAAGGAGGAAAAGAUGCUUGCCAAGGUGAUUCUGGCGGUGGUAUGAUUUGCAAUGGCGUUCUAACCGGUAUAGUUUCCGUUGGCAAGGGUUGUGCGCUUCCACGGCUUCCUGGCGUAUACGCGGAUAUCUUUCACUAUAUAUACUGGAUAAUAGAGAACAAAAAUGUAGUAAUAAUGGAACAGCACAAAAAUAACGAAAUUGUUUUUGGUGGUAACGCGCAAACCAAAUUGCCGAUGAUGAAUAUCAUGGCGGUUUCCAUUUUCUCUGCGCUGCUAUCGAUUGCGUUUUCAUCUUAAAGCCAAGAUUUGUUGGCACACUGAAAGGUAUGUUUGACGAUGUUAACAAAGAGAAAAUGAUUUUUAUCGAUAUUAAAAAGUACAAUUUAUCUACAGUUUAUGAGCUUGUUUGUAAAGCUGUGAUAUAGUGAUGAGUGAUACGAGAUUAAAGCUAAAGAUUAAUAUCGUUUACAUCGUUAAUUGACUAUAAUGAUUUGAACGAGUCUCGCACAUUAUAAUUUAGAGAUUUUAUUGGAUUUUAUAUCUAGUUAUUUAUUUACUUUGUAAAUAUUGAUUAGAAUAAAUUAAAAAUUUGGAAAUAUAAAGGCUUCCCUGCACUAAAAUUAGUUUGUUCAUUAGUUUACGUAAUAAUUUUAUCUGCGGAAAUAAUCUGCUUUAAUUUUAUGAAACAAUUACACAAAUAUUUAUUAUUUCUCUAUUUCAUAAAAUUGAAGCACAUA